AUGGAUGCCGGCCAAAUCAGCACCACGUUCAUCCUGCCUUUUCACCCAUCUCAAUCAGGCAUUGUUUGUUCACCAAGUGACGAUCGAUUAGACAUGUCGAAAGCUGGAGCAUUUGAUCUUGCAUCGGGACUCGGUGGCAAAAUUGAGAAAGAUGACGUCCUUUCCGCCGUCGAUAAGUAUGAGAAGUAUCAUGCAAGUUUUGGAGGUGUGGAAGAAGACAGAAAGGCUAACUACACUGAUAUGGUUAACAAAUAUUAUGAUCUUGUCACAAGCUUCUACGAAUAUGGUUGGGGAGAAUCAUUCCAUUUUGCCCAAAGAUGGAAAGGAGAAUCACUUAGAGAGAGCAUCAAGAGACAUGAACAUUUUCUUGCAUUACAACUAGGCUUGAAGCCUGGACAAAAGGUGCUGGAUGUAGGAUGUGGAAUUGGUGGACCAUUGAGAGAAAUUGCUAGAUUUAGCUCAACAUCUGUUAUGGGCAUAAACAACAAUGAAUAUCAGAUAUCAAGAGGAAAGGCAUUGAACCGUGUUGCAGGAGUAGACAAGACAUGUGACUUUACAAAGGCUGACUUCAUGAAGAUGCCAUUUCCUGAUAACAGUUUUGAUGCAGUUUAUGCAAUUGAGGCUACUUGUCAUGCUCCAGAUGCGGUGGGAUGCUACAAAGAGAUCUUUAGAGUUUUGAAGCCUGGUCAAUCAUUUUCUGCAUAUGAAUGGUGCAUGACUGAUGCAUUUGACCCAAAUAACCAAGAACACCAAAAAAUCAAGGCUGAAAUUGAGAUUGGUGAUGGGCUUCCAGAUAUAAGGUCAACAAGACAAUGUCUUGCAGCUUUAAAAGAAGCAGGUUUUGAGGUUAUAUGGGAGCAAGAUCUUGCAAAAGAUUCACCUGUUCCUUGGUUCUUGCCUUUGGAUACGAGUCAUUUCUCUCUUAGUAGUUUUCGUUUAACUGCUGCUGGACGUUUUAUUACAAAGAAUAUGGUGAUAGCGCUUGAAUAUGUGGGACUUGCUCCUAAAGGAAGCCAAAGGGUUCAAUCGUUUUUAGAGAAAGCUGCAGAAGGGCUUGUUGCUGGUGGAAAGAAGGAGAUUUUUACACCAAUGUAUUUCUUCUUGGCUAAAAAGCCUGAAUAGAGAGGUGUUUUUGUUUGAAGUGGUAGUGUGUAUUUAUUAUGUUUUUAAAUUUUAAUGGUGAAAAUUAUGGGAGGAUGUAGUUCUUUUUUUGACAGUGUAGUUUGGUUGUGAUUUUCUUGAAAGUUUGUUGUUUGGUAGAGUUUGUUUUUGAUGAUUCAUCUUGGAAUUGAAUAGGAACUAUUAAUCUUUGGUGUAUUUUUUCAUGUUUAUCAACUUCU